AUUGGUGGACCUGAAUACGAAGUUUCGUUCUUUCGCUACAUGAGGUCCCCAAAAUCAAAUCAGAUUUGUUCGCUGUACUUGUAGACCGAUGAGUUUAUGCUUACGUAUACAAUUGCGGCAAGUUGUUUGCAAAUAUUAUUUUUAUUUUAUUGUAUCGUCGUAAGUAGUCGGAAGCGGCUUGACGGGCAAGUGCGCGUCCGUUGCACAAUUAAAAUAUAAUUAUAUGCAGAAAACAUAACAUGAUAAAAUAAUCGAGAUGUGGGGAAACAAUUGGGCUAUUUACCAUGUACUGUGCAUUUUAAUAUCCAUUAUACAUGCACACGAUUUUCGGAAUUUCGACGACACGAUUAUAUUCAAAAUUAAUUGGCCUGGAAAGAGCAACACAGAUUUUUUGGAAUCUCAUUCGAAAGUAGAACCGUAUUAUAUAACUACAGCGAAUAAUGAACGAUACAAGUGUAUAAUUCCAGAAGCAAUAGAACAAGAACAUGACUACAGUGACUUAUACAUUGGACCAAAUCCAAUACAACUUUUGCAACCGAUAUUUGCACAGAAUAGUUGCUCUUAUAGACUGGAGUCAUAUUGGACUUAUGAAUUAUGUCAUGGUCGAUAUGUACGGCAAUAUCAUGAAGACAGAGAAGGAAAGAAACUAAAGAUGCAAGAAUAUUAUCUUGGCACUCUGGAUAAAGCACAAAAAAUGAAACUUUCUGAUACUUAUGAUGAUCAAGCAAAGAAUCCUAAUAGGAAAUUAAAUAUUCCAGUUAAGAAAAUUGAUGGGAUCAAUAUGCCAUAUGUUGAAGUUGAAAUGACUGAUGGGACACUUUGUGAUUUGAAUAAUAAACCAAGAAGUAUCAAAGUAUUGUAUAUCUGUUAUAAACAUGGCAAACAUGAUGUAUAUUCGCUCAAGGAAACUGUAUCUUGCGAGUAUGAAGCGAUAAUACUUUCACCAGUACUAUGUACUCAUCCAGAUUACAAGCCUCAGGACACAGGAGAAAAUGAAAUUACAUGUCUACCUGUUGACACCGCACCGAAGAAGCCAAAAGCACUUAUGUCAAUGGAGUUAGAAAGUCUCAAAAUGCGACAUCAGCAAGCAAGGGAUGGUGAGCCAAGAGUAAGGGUUGAAAUACGUCCAUUGGAUGUUACAGAUAAGCAUGGAAAUAUUGAUGAAUCUAUUAAUGCGCUAACUGAUCAGAGUAUCAGUCCUGCCGAAGUCAGUCCCGUACAGAAUUUCCUCAGCGGGAAAAAUUGCCUGCACGGGGGCAAUGGCUGGUGGAAGUAUGAGUUUUGCUACGGGCGUUCUGUCGUCCAGUAUCACAUAGAAAAAGAUGGUACGAAAACCAUUGUCAAUCUUGGUAGAUUCGACAAAGAAAAGCAUUUGGAGUGGAUAGCAACGCAUCCAAAUAAAAAACCCAAAUCGCUAGAGUUAAGAAAGCAUCUGUCACACUUUUAUAGCGAAGGCAGUAACUGUGAUAAGACUGGAACUUCCAGGCAAACGGAAGUAAAACUUAAAUGUGUGGAAAAUCAUAUGGCAAGCCCAUCUAGUGUAUCAUUAUUUUUGUUGGAACCAAAAACUUGCGAAUACAUUCUAGGAGUUGAGUCACCGUUAAUCUGUGAUAUAUUGGAAUAUGCCGAUGAAAACGGACUUCUAAAUGAAAAAUUUGAAGCAAAUUUCGAGAAAUUAAAAUCUACAACUUUACAUACGGAGCAAGACCAUUUAGAUGAACGAAUGAUAGUUAAUGAAGAAGAUUAGAGCGCAUUCCACUCUUUUUUGAUUAAUUAAAAAUAAUUAAACUUGUUAUUAAUUAUUUAGUUUAUUAUCGCUAAAAACCUUCACACACAUCAUUUAUAUGAAUGUUACUUAUUAGAUACUCAGAGGAACUGUACUAUAUAAAAUUAAAUAAUGAGUUAUAUUAAAUUUAUAAUAAGAUCACAGCUUUGGGGAUGUUAAAUAUUAUUAUAAAACAAUU